UUUCUUUCCUUCACUGUAAAGUUGUGUUCGCGUUAUUUCAUUUAGAAAAGUAGAACGUCGUUUUAUAUUUUAUAAUUCCGUAAAAUGCCACCCAAAAACGAUAAAAAAGGAAAGCCUGCUGCAUCAGGCAGUGGAGAUAAGAAGCCAUCAGGUAGUGAAAAAAAGCCUGCUGCAGCUGCUUCAUCUGAAAAGAAACCAGAAAAGAAGCAACCUGCACCUGCUCCGUUACUUGAUACCAAAAAACCCACAGAAAAAAAAUCUGCCGAUAAGAAACCAGCAACUGAUAAAAAAGCUGCUCCUGAAAAGAAGGCUGCACCAGAAAAGAAAGCUGCACCAGAAAAGAAAACUGUUGCUGAUAAAAAAGCCCCAGUUGAAAAAAAACCAGUAGACAAAAAAGCUGCACCGGCUCCUGUCGAAAAAAAACCGGCUGAUAAGAAAAAGGAUGAAUCUAAACCUAAGGCUGAAGCUUCCAAAAAAGCUGAUCAAUCUAAAGGUAAAAGUUCAGACAAAGGUAUUAAACGUCCAUCUACAGAAACUGAAAAGUCUGGACCAGCACCUAAAAAAUCAACUAGUAAAGUUGAUAAUAAAUCCAAGAAGGAAGCUGAAAAGCCUAAGAAGGAAGUAGCAGCCAAGAAGAAGACUACUGAUGCAUCUAAAUCUGCCCCUGCUGCUAAAAAGACUGCAGCUGAACCAGCUGCCCCCAAAACAGCUAAGAAAGCAGCACCCAAGAAGGAUAAGCCUAAGGCUGCCGCUAAACCUAAAACUGGAGAUAAGAAAGAAACCAAAGCUGCUGAUAAGACCAAAAAGGCAACUAAAGGAAAGUCAGCCGCAGCCAAGAAAUUAAUUAAGGGUGCUGCAGCUGCUGCUGCUGCUAAGCUCAGGAAGGAAAAGAAGGCUGAUUUAGCUAAAGGUGAAAAGAAGGGUGUUAAAGUAGGAUCAAAACGUGAUGCUGUAAAGAAAGCUUUGAAAUCUAAAAUCAGGACUUUAAAAGGACCUCAUGGAACUAGAAUUCGUAAGAUCAGGUAUUCUGUCCACUUCCGUCGUCCUAAGACCUUCCAACCACCAAGAAAUCCAAAAUACCCAAGGAAGUCUGUUCCUAAGAGAAAUAGGAUGGAUGCUUUCAAUAUAAUUAAAUUCCCUUUGACUACUGAAUCUGCUAUGAAAAAAAUUGAAGACAACAACACCUUAGUCUUUAUUGUGCAUUUACGUGCGAAUAAACACCACGUAAAAGCUGCCGUUAAAAAGAUGUACGAUAUCAAUGUGGCCAAAGUCAAUACUUUGAUCAGGCCCGACGGCAAAAAGAAGGCGUACGUACGAUUAGCACGUGAUUAUGAUGCAUUAGAUGUCGCGAACAAAAUCGGUAUCAUAUAAACGUCUGAUUGUUGUAUAUUUACUUUAUUUUAAUAAAAUAAAAAAUAAAAAAAAUCCGAA